ACAAGAAUGGGUAGCAUUGUUGAUCACCGAUUUCUUCUUUGUGGCACAAUUCUUAAGUGUUUCACACUGAUCACAACAAAAGAAAUAAUACGGAACUUCUAUUUAAGUGGACUAAUUUGAUCAAAUGGUUACCACUCCCGUUUCCGCGAUGAAGGCACUAGGUUGUUUGAUUCUCCUCGCAGUGGUUGUCAGUUGCAGUGCUGCAGUAGUUGGUCGUGGACGAGACGGUCACCGCGGUAUAGAAAGGCAUCCAGAUCACAGACGUGGCCCAAGGCGAAAUGGGAUACAUUUUGCAACGAGGCCUUCGGAAGAAGUUGGUAGACGAUUGAGGAAUUACAAAAGAGGCGUCAACAAAACGCGUCCAUUUGAAGCUGGAAUCGGAACUUAUUUGGAGUUCGAUUUGAUGGUGGAGGACCCAGUUGAAGCUAAUGCAAUCCUGGCGGGAACCUACACUUACAUCCGGUGGCCUCAAGCGAUCGUUCCGUACCAGAUUAUUGGCACAUUUUCUACCGCUGAGUUGGUCAAGAUUCAAUGGACUAUCAAGCAUUUCGCGGAAAAUACUUGUGUCAGAUUUGUUCCACGCACCACAGAGGAAUUCUACAUCAGAAUCAAUAAUAGUGCUACGGGAUGCUGGUCAUACGUCGGAAGGCAUUUAGACAACAAGUACAAUUUAGUGAAUCUCCAAAACCCAGCUUGCAUGGAAACGGGGACGGUAGCACAUGAGUUCAUGCACGCGCUUGGGUUCUAUCAUGAAUUUACCCGUCCGGAUCGUGAUGAUUGGGUUAGCAUUGAUCAAGGUGCACUGGCACCUGAGUAUCAGACGGCAAGUUUUAUGAAUGCCAAUUUUGGAAAGAAAUCGGCUGAUCAAGUGGAGCUCUACGGUAUUCCUUAUGCGUAUGGUAGUGUAAUGCACUAUUCUAAAUGGGGUGGAGCUGUCAGCUAUAAUCGCCCGGUUAUGAAUAAUCUCAAACCCUGGCCCCAUAAGGAUUUUGGAAACGACACUGGAUUAUCGCUGCCUGAUAUCAAAAAAAUAAACUACAUGUACUGCAAUUCCUCAACCAUUACCACAACUCGUGUCGCGACAACUACCAUGAAGGCUCCAACAACAACCACCAAAGCUCCAAUCACCACUACUACUACUAAAGCAACGACAAGCACUACGAAGGCUCCGGUAACUACCACUAAAGCUCCAAUCACCACUACCACUACAAAAGCAACGACCACUACUACGAAGGCUCCAGUAACUACCACUAAAGCUCCAAUCACCACCACUACUACUAAAGCAACGACAAGCACUACGAAGGCUCCAGUAACUACCACCAAAGCUCCAACCACCACUACUACUACUAAAGCAACGACAACCACUAAGAAGGCUCCAGUAACUACCACCAAAGCUCCAAUCACCACUACUACUACUAAAGCAACGACCACUACAACGAGGGCUCCAGUAACUACCACUAAAGCUCCAAUCACCACUACUACUACUACUAAAGCAACGACCACUACUACGAAGGCUCCAGUAACUACCACCAAAGCUCCAAUCACCACUACUACUACUAAAGCAACGACAACCACUACGAAGGCUCCAGUAACUACCACUAAAGCUCCAAUCACCACUACUACUACUAAAGCAACGACCACUACUACGAAGGCUCCAGUAACUACCACCAAAGCUCCAAUCACCACUACUACUACUAAAGCAACGACCACUACAACGAAGGCUCCAGCAACUACCACUAAAGCUCCAAUCACCACUACUACUACUACUAAAGCAACGACCACUACUACGAAGGCUCCAGUAACUACCACCAAAGCUCCAAUCACCACUACCACUACUAAAGCAACGACAACCACUACGAAGGCUCCAGUAACUACCACUAAAGCUCCAAUUACAACAACUACUACUAAAGCAACGACAAGUACUACGAAGGCUCCAGUUACUACCACUAGAGCUUCAACGACUACUACUAGUACAGUGAAGACGACAGGUUGAAUUUAUACAGUGCGAGAAAUAAGUAUAAAGACAGAACCGUUUUCCGUACAAAUUAAUCAUGUUUAGGGAACAAAAUCUCUUUUUCUAGCGAUUCGAUUGUUAUGGAAUUUUGUCUGCAACUUUAAAAUAACUAGAAUUUUGGCUAGAAAUAUAAAUCAUCAUCCAUGAAAACGUGUAUAUCGACUUUUCAGAUUCAAAUAAAU